CCCACAAACACACACACACACGUACACACACUUCAGCUAGCAGGUCUCAUUCAGAGUUUCACUGCAGCUCCGGUACUUUUUUUCUUUUUCUCUCUUUGUCUCGGUCCUCUGGGACACACAAAGGUGGAUGAAAGCGAAAACACAUACACUCACACACAUUCCUGAAUGACCUCAUUCAUUCUUUCAUUCAUACAAACAUCCCCCUUAUCCUCUUUUGUUUAGUAAUUAGACCAAAGCCUUUUCUCACUCAACUCUUCUUGUUGUUUCAGGGCCAAAAACAAAAAGUAUCUAACUUCCAGGUCACAUCAAUGCCCUUUAAUUUAUACAAAUGUAGAAAUAUAUCCCUUUUUCCAUCAGCAGACACUGUUGGCAGCUCAGCAUUCACUCCAAGUCUCAGUAUGUUCUGCCUCUGUUUUAUGUUCUGCAUCAUCCAUUCUUUAAGAAAAAAAAACUUUUCUUAAAGUGCCUCUACGUGGAGUGGCACAAGGUACAACACUGAACCUUUUCUAAGAGAAUUUGGAAGCUCGUCCUCACUUUGACGUGAGCAGUCUCCGAGUAUUUAUGAGUGUCCCCGUGUAUGUGUGUGUGUGAGUGUCUGAGCCCAGGGCUCCUGUUUUUCCCACUGACCUAUUUAUGUGGAGUUAUAUGAAGAUCCAGGUUGACAGACACACCUACAACACACACAUGCAGAGACACACACAUACACCUUCUCUCCUAUUCGCUGCCAUAUUCAUUAUUCUUGCCUCUGAUUUUCCAUCCCCUCGUUUUUCCUUCUCCCACUUUAUAUCUUUUCUCUGAGUCCCUAUUUUUUCUCCAAUCUUGAUUUGGCAUGCAUCUUCACUUUUCUCUAAAAGAAAAGAAUAAACUACAGAUGACAGAAAGUAGCAGACAAAAUCAAUCCAGUGUAUAAAGAAAUAUCAAACAAUGAUCAGUGAAUUCAUCAGCAUGUGAUAACACCUCAAAUACAGCUUGUGGACAGUCUUGGGCCUCACACAAAGAGGAGGAGGAAGUGAAAUGUGUGUUACCUUUAAAGCCUUCCCCUCCCUCUUGGCAGCUCUUGAACCUCAAAGGGUUCCUUUGUUCGCCUGGCACAAAAGCUCACAGGGUUGCAUGGUCACCGGCUGGCACAGACUGGCAAGUGGAGAGAGAAGUUGGAGAGAAGAGGGUAGAAAGAGUUCAGGUAGGACAACUGAGAGAGUAGAGAGAGAAGUGGAAGGGAGAGAAAGGAAACAUGAGAGAAGAUGGAGAAAGAGGAGGGUAAGGUAUGCAUGUGAAAGAGUGAGAGAGAGACCCUUGAGGACAAAGAAAGAGACUUUCAUCCACCUCUCGUUCUGAUCAGUGUGACACACACGCACUCAUGGAGUGGGGAUAUGUGGUGCCUUUUCAGUUACUAGAGAUUUCGAGGAGUCUCCACAGCAGGCUGAGGUUGGGCAGCAGCUCAUCCUCUAGUUUGACAGACCUCUCACAGGCAAAAACCUCAGGAGGAGGAGGAGGAGGAGGGGAGAAGGGUGGAACAGCUGGGGGCCUGGCGGAGGAGUGCAGCAGGGACAAAGGGACCCAGCAGAGGAGGGCCGGGGCCAACGCCACCUGGAACAGCAUCCACAACGCAGUGAUCUCAGUUUUCCAGAGGAAGGAUCUGGGAGAUAAUGAACUCUACACUCUGAAUGAAGGUGUCAGGCAGCUGCUGAAGACGGAGCUGGGCUCCUUCUUCACUGAGUACCUUCAGAAUCAGCUGCUCACUAAAGGCAUGGUCAUACUGAGGGACAAGAUCCGCUUCUAUGAAGGUCAGAAGUUGUUGGACUCUCUGGCUGACACCUGGGACUUCUUCUUCUGUGAUGUUCUGUCCAUGUUGCAGGCCAUCUUCUAUCCUGUGCAGGGAAAAGAACCGUCAGUGCGUCAGUUGGCCCUGCUCCACUUCAGGAACAUCAUCACCCUUAACCUGAAACUGGAUGAGGCUCUGUCUCGACCUCGAGCCAGAGUUCCUCCUUCUAUCAUACAGAUGCUGCUGAUACUACAGGGAGUCCAUGAAUCUAAAGGUGUAACAGACGACUACCUGCGGCUGGAGUCUCUCAUCCAGAAGGUGGUCUCUCCCUACCUCGGGACUCAUGGAUUAUAUUCCCGAGAUGGAUCAUCAAAUCUGCACUGCUCCUCCUGCUUGUUGGAAAAGCGUUUACAGCGCUCCUGGCCCUCCAAAGCAGGCAACCCCCCCGGCGCCAAGAACCCAGUGGUACGUUCUAAAAGCUACAACGUUCCCAUGCUGACCCCUGUGGUUGAGUACGACGCAGACUCCUCCACGGGAGGAAAUGCAGGCAUCAGACGCCACUCAGUAUGUGAGAUGACGUCCUGUGUGGAGGAGACCAGCUCUGUGGCCGGAUCCACCGCCAGCGUCACCAAUAACACCAGUAACACCAGCACAUCCAGCCUCGCCAACCGCUCCCUGGCUUCCACAGCCUCUGCUACACUUUCAGACACUGUGACCUCCAGCCAGGACCCCCAACCCAGAGACGUUGGCAGUCGCGCAGGUCCCCGCUCCCUCCAGCCGCAGCAUCACUCCCCCUCCAUCCUCCCUGAUCCGUCCCCAGGCGAUGACACACACUGCACAGGCUCACUGGUGUUCGACUCCCCUUUGUCCUCCAGAGUGCUGGUUCCAGACAUGAGCUCCGGUCCCAGCCCAUCGUCUAGCCCGGAGAUGAUGAUGGACCACAUCCUGGAAUCUUUGGACUCAGAGCCGGAGCAUGAUGGCAUCUUUCUGGACUUCUCGAGACGCUGCUCCGGAGGAUCGGCGCAAAGCAGAGGCAGCAACAGGCAGAGUGUGGCGUGACACACAGAAACACACACACACAUACACAUGAUGAUACGGAGACAUGCGCACACAAUGCUGAGCCAAGACUGACAUUCCUCACACCCUGUGAUGUCUCCUGCUGUUUUCUAAGAUCUCUAGAUCAUCAGGGAUUUGUUCAAACUGUCAUAUUUUUCUAUGUGAUGUGAUCAAUCCUUCCAAUAUUUAAAUCUGGCAUAACAUUUACACUUUCUGGAUUGUUUGCCUCCAGUUGAAAACAGCACCGGCUUCUCUGGGAAGCUAUUAUCACACCAUUGUCUUGACGUACAAGCUAAAUAAAUUAAUAAAAUUUGAUUAGACUAUAGUGGUUGUAUCACAGGUUUUGCAGUUUUAGAAGGAAGUUUUCCCUUUUUUCUGUGAUGAAUAAAAACUGGGAAAAUAGAGUGCUAGUGGUGAUAGCUGAGUAAAACUAAAAAUAUUUGACAAAUUGUCAAAUAUCUCCUCAAGACGAGGGCUAUUUAAUAGCUCCAAUUCAAACUUUUAAACUUUUCAAAUGUCCAGUUAUACUUAUAUAUUGUUGCUUGAAUGAACCUCAACAUAUUUUAUUAACUGAUUAUUAAAAUAUUAAUUUGAUUUUUGCA